GAAGAAUUGUUGCAACGUGCUCGAAGAACAGCUCCUUACCCGCUAGCUUGUAGCGCCACCAGUGUGCCCUGCGACCUCGCGUCUACGUGGUCCACCCCACUUGCCACUGAAUGUCUUCUCCAAAAGUCUUUUCCCGGCUUGCCUUGCUAUCAACCUCCUUGUCGCCGGCCCUUAGUUCCUUUUGCACGUUGCUGCACUUUAACCUCGUCAAAUCCCCCGUCCGCUGCAACGCCCCAACACUCGAAUUUGCUCGCGAAAACCUCCGGCUGCGACAUGUCUUAGUACAAUCUGUCAUGAUUGAGAUGGGCCAUACAAGGUGGGUUGAAGUCUUGGAGGCUGUAGAAGUUGGCAGCAGCGAGUCGCUCGUGCCAAAUUCUGCAUAAUUUGCGCUUCACGGUGAAGCCUGGCGGCAAUGAAGGGCGAGGUAAGACGGACACAAGGGCCUGAGCCCCACCAUCCCUUGUACCUUCGUUGAACUCAACCUCUUGUAACUAAAACUUUGCACUACCAGAGGAGCUACUGCUCUUCUCGUCUUCCAUAGUCUCAGACUCACAUAG